AUGAUCUCGACUACAAUAGCAAAUAUCACCAGUACCCUCCAUGGUGCGGCGGAUUCCUGGAGAUUCUCGAAAGAUGAGAAUCUUCAGGAACUUCGUUCCACGAUCGAUAGUAUUAUCCAUACGAAUCCGCGAUACGAGAACUAUUCGAGCACGAUCGUCGCUUUUCUCAGAGAUGAAAACGUGUUGGACCGUCGAGAUUCCCUGUACAUCGUGCUGCCGGUCACAGUGAUCUACGUCGUGAUCUUCUUCACCGGACUGAUCGGCAACAUCUCCACGUGCGUGGUGAUCGCGCGCAACAAGUCCAUGCACACCGCUACCAAUUAUUAUCUCUUCAGCCUCGCGGUGUCCGAUCUGCUGCUACUCGUGUUCGGACUGCCACCAGAGAUGUAUUACAUAUGGUCGCAUUUUCCGUACAUCUUCGGCGAGACAUUCUGCAUUAUCCAGAGCUUCGCCUCGGAGACCUCGGCUAAUGCCACCGUUCUCACCAUCACGGCUUUCACCAUCGAGAGGUAUGUGGCGAUCUGUCAUCCCUUUAUUUCACAUACAAUGUCGAAACUAUCACGGGCAAUAAAGUUUGUGGUGGCGAUAUGGUUGUUGGCCCUCUGCCUCGCCGUACCACAGGCUAUUCAAUUCGGCAUCGUCUACGGCAUCGACUACGCCGACAACGGCACCGCCGUCCUGGACAGUGCCAGGUGCUCCCUGCGCUGGACGCUGAUCGAGCAUGCAUUUGAGAUCUCAACCAUCCUGUUCUUCGUGCUGCCGAUGACGAUCAUCAUUGUGCUGUAUGUGUUGAUCGCCAUCAAGUUGCGACGUUCGAGCCUGCUAUCCACCACCGUUAGUAAAAGGCAUCAUGUUCACGGUGUGUUGAAUCACGUAGACAGCAGUAGAGGGAAAACGAACGCUCAAAGGAACGUUAUUCGCAUGCUGGUUGCGGUGGUGGUGGCCUUUUUCAUCUGCUGGGCGCCGUUUCACGCUCAAAGGCUGUUGGCUGUGUACGCUCAGAGCAGCUCAUCUGAACCGGAAGCUACCGUGGUUAUAGUCUACACUACGCUCACAUACGUGUCGGGAGUGUUCUACUAUUUAUCUACCACAGUGAAUCCGCUCCUCUACAAUAUCAUGUCUAACAAGUUCAGAGAGGCUUUCAAGUCGAUGCUGCCCAAGUAUUGCAUCAGGAAGUUCUCGUCUCACAAAGUCAUCCGUCGACAGCCGACUUAUAGCAGCUUGUCACGGUAUCAGAGGUCAAUAAGACAUCGAUUCGACGAUGCUCAACACUCGCCUUCGAUAUCCAUCAGCGACGAACAGCAACGAUUAACGCAUAUCGCACUGGCGAACAUGAAUUUUUGCGAGCCGAAUGGAUUAGUAAAAUCGCAGAACGAGCGAGAGGGACGGCCUAUUAAAGAAACUGUAGGCUGCCGAGAUUAUACCAGAAGAGUGUCCAGGGACUCCGAUUGUAGCCAACUUACUAUGAUGACGACGUUAAGCAAGCAAGGUUUGAACAAUGAGGGUAACAAUAACACGAACGAGUGUCUAUUGAGAAUCCACAGAACACCAAAAGCAGUCACUUUAGGAAUCUUCACGGAAAGACUGGGCUUUGGUACAAAAGGAUUCUUUGCGCAGCAUCGAAAAAAUUUAUCGGACAGCCCGUUGAAACUAAAAUCGGAAAACGUCAUUGCAAUGCGACCACGAUUUCACAGUCAUCCAAGCAUUGAAAGCACCAAUACAAUUAGUAACUCCAGUCUUCAGGACUUCGACGAGACCGAGUUCACAGGAACGGAGUCGUCGCCUUAUAUGGGUGAAUUAAACUUCGAACUCGUGACUUGACGUCCAUUUAUCCCAGGAGAAUGCCGUCUCUCGAAUUAAACGCCGAGCUCAAAUCAAAUAAUACUCUUUGGUUGGGAAACCGCAGGUUUGUACAAAGUUCUGAUCCAAGAAGAGGCCACAAUCGAGGCAAAUUUUGAUGCAACACAGAUUUAGUUGUGUACUAAACGAUGCAUAGUUGCAUUAUAGGGAUGAAUCAGCGGAACUUGACUAUCAGAGAUGAGAAACUAUCACACAGAGUUAUUGCAAGAGGAGAAACCGAUCCAAUCAUUACUAUCAUAUGAAAAUAUGCAAAAUAUGUGGAAAUUAAAGAUAAUGUAAAUAAAUGACAUCAAAGUCAUUACUUGUGGUUUGUGAAUCUAAAAGGAACGCUUAUGCGUGUUUAUACUUCAUACAAAGAUCCCAGCUGGAAAUUUUAACAUGGA